AUGGCCAUUAAAACAUCUCUCGUCUUUUUGACCGCUUCGGUUCUUCCCGUUUUGGGGGAGACAAUUCUCGGCUUGACGGUGUUCACCCGUCAUGGAGACCGCAACUCGAAGCACUAUUCUGGCUACGGACUGACCAACCUCGGUUUCCAACAGAACUUCCAAACUGGAGGUCUCUAUCGACAGAUCUACCUCGAUUCAAAUUCCUCGAAGCAGAUUCUCGGAAUCUCUGAGGAUAAAUAUGUUCCUGCACAGAUCUGGGCCACCGCGCCUGACCAAAAGGUCCUGGCAAACACAGCUACUGCAUUUCUCCAGGGUCUUUAUCCACCGCUCGAGCAGCUUGACCCUCAAAUCGCCACCAACACUCUAACCAAUGGAACAAAGUACACCAAUCCAUUAGAAGGAUACCAGUAUGUUGUUCUUCACACGGCUGAUGGUGAAUCUCCAAACACUAUCUGGAUCAAGGGAGAUGAUGGAUGUCCCGCCGUCACUGAAGCCUCCGAAGAUUUUGAAAUGAGUGCGGAAUUUAUGGAAAGAGAAGCUUCCACGAAGUCCUUUUACGAGGGAUUUUGGGAACAACUCUCGGACGUUUACGACUACAGCCAGUCUAAGCUCAGCUAUGCUAGAGCCUAUGACAUUUUUGAUCUCAUCAAUGUCGCGCAAAUCCAUAACUCUUCAGCUACGGAGAAUGUUACCGCUGAAGAGCUCUUCCAGCUCAGGACACUAGCUGACAGCGCCGAGUUCGGGUUGAACUUCAAUGCCUCCCAGCCAGCUCGUUCGAUCCACGCCCAGACCCUAGCGGGUGCCAUCCUGAAUCAGUUGAACCAAACUGUAACUGGGAAGGGAAAGCUCAAGUUCUCUCUCCUUGCAGGAAGUUAUGAUACAUUCCUUGCUUUCUUCGGACUUACUGAACUUACGUCCGCCUCUCCAAACUUCUUCGGACUACCAGAUUAUGCUUCAACUAUGGCCUUCGAGAUCCUCACCGACAAGGAUGUUACUGAGUUCCCAUCCAGUGUCGACGACCUCAAAGUCCGCUUCCUCUUCCGCAAUGGAUCCGAUGCUGGCUCUCCAUUGACUCCCUUCCCACUCUUUGGUCAGCAAGAAGUAACUCUUUCUUGGACCGAAUUUACGGCCCAACUCUCUGAGCGUGCUAUUACCACCGUUGAGAAAUGGUGUGGAAUGUGCAAGAGCACAGAGUCUUUUUGCGCUGCCUAUGAUCCAACCCUUUCAUCUGGUUCCAUUGGAGUCAAUAGCAGCAACUCAGGUGGAAGUGGCAUGUCGAAUGCUGUUGCUGGUGUUAUUGGCGCCAUGGUCACCUUGGCAGUUGUCGCCCUUGCCGGUCUUGUGUUCUACUUGUUCUCAAGAAAGAGGAGGACGGCUCCUCCUUCCAGUGGUGCGAGCAUUGGAUCUGCAGAGAAAGGUAGCCUACACUGA